GAUGCAUGAUUAAAAUCAAACGGGAUCCAGCUACAGUUAAAGGUUCUUUGUGGCUCUCCUCUGGACCCACCCACCACUAGACACUAGACAGCGUGAUUCUCCGCUCAACAGCCUGAGCAUUUCAGCCACUCAUCAGUCGUCUACGAUAAUCUUAAAGAAUUAAGUAUCCAUAUAAUGCUUAAGGUCCCUGAUCAUCAGGUUGCGGGCCACCAAGCUCGUAAUGGGCAGCUUGGCCCCCUCAUUGAUGAUUCGGGGCGUUUCUACAAGCCUCUCCAGGAUGAUGACCGGGGCUCGAAAGAGGUGGCUUUUUACUCCUCCUUCUCGUCGAAUACGAGGGUCCCAGAUCAUAUCCGAAGACUCUUUCCUGUUUUUCAUGGGACUCAGCUCUUAGAGGCGUCUGACGGGUCUGGCCUGCGGCCGCACCUUGUAUUGGAGGAUGUUGUUUCAAGUCGUUCGCAUCCAUCGGUUAUGGAUAUCAAGAUUGGUUCUAGGACUUGGUAUCCUGAAGCUUCUGAGGAUUAUAUCCAGCGGUGCUUUAAGAAAGAUAGGGAAACUAGUAGUUUGUCUUUGGGUUUUAGGAUUUCUGGGCUGCAGAUUUAUGGAAAUGAAGAAUCUGGAUUUUGGAAGCCUGAGAGGAAACUUGUUCAGAAUCUCAGUGCAGCUGAUGUUAGAGUGGUUCUGAAGAAGUUUGUUUCUUCCAAUUUGCCGGUUGAUCCAAAUUCAGACCCUGAUUGUUCUUUUGCGGCAAGUGUUUAUGGCGGUUCUACUGGGAUUUUGGCUCAAUUAUUGGAGCUAAAGGCAUGGUUUGAGGAUCAAACCAUGUACCAUUUGAAUUCUUGUUCAGUUCUCUUGGUGUAUGAGAAGGAGAAAGUGUUAAAAGGAGAGAGGUCAGAUGCUGAAGUUAAACUUAUUGACUUUGCUCAUGUUACAGAAGGCAAAGACAUUAUUGAUCAUAAUUUCUUGGGUGGGCUUUGCUCCUUGAUAAAGUUCAUCUCGGAGAUUCUUACCAGUCCCGAUGAGUGCACAACCAAAGCUUGUUUGCGGGACUCUGAGAAGGACAAGGAGAUUCUUACCAGUCCCGAUGAGUGCACAACCAAAGUUUGUUUGCAAGACUCUGACAAGAACACCAAUUAUUCUGAAAACGGUACCAUUGAAGGAAUGUAGUGUAUUUCCAAUGUUUUAGGGUUUCGGCUUAAAUUGUUUUACUUUUGAGUUUUAUGAAACCGUCUCAAUGAAUUUGUACAACCUAUUGAAGAAUUUUCUUUCCUGCCACUAUUAUACUCUUGGCUGGGAAAGAAAAUCAUUGCCUGUAAUCCCUAUCGAAUUUUUAUGCACUCACUAUCCUAUAUUCUUACAUUAUUAUUUUGCUA